CAAAAUCGAGCAACAAGCGUUUAAAUUGCCCGGUGCCAUUAACAGAAAAAGAAGAAGAAGAAGAGCAACAAGCGAGAGGCGAGAGGUUAAAUUUUGUAUAUGGAUUAUAUUAUAGUAUUUGUAAUUUAUUGAGUGGAUCAUCAUGCUUUCGUAUCGUAUAAACAACUUUCUGCGGCAUACGUAUGCUUGUACAAUUUCCAAUUGCCGUAGUUUUGCGUCAACAAGCGUUGAAACAGAUAUAGGUCUAGAAGAAAGAAAUCCUGCACCAUAUUUCUUUAAUAGAAAUGUUCAGUCGUAUCUCAAAAGAUUGACAACAGUAGAUUAUGCAAAAAUCUUCAGAACUCGCAAAGAUGGACACAGACUCAAAGCACCAGAGUAUAAAUUUUUAACAGACGAGGAACUUCAGGAAGCUACAGAAGCAGCAAAGCGUAGAGCACAUAAAUAUUUGCAAAUGCCACCAGUGGUGAAGAAAAGAGUAGACCCAUCUGUGCUGUUAUGCGAAGAUCCUGCAUUAAAGGGUCAUGAUACUGCUAAAUAUGUUUUUACUGAUAUCACAUAUGAUCUUAAUGACAAGGAAAGACCUAUAGUGGUUAGAGAACCCGAGGGCACAUUGAGGCAUGCCACUUGGCAAGAGCGAGAUAGGAUUAUACAAAUUUAUUUUCCAAAACCAGCAAGGGAGAUAGAAAAACCAAAAAUGUUUGAAGCUGAAUAUUUGAAAGACUUAUUAGAUCGCAACGAAUAUAUAUUCAUAUUAGAUAGAGCGUGCGUGCAAUUUGAGCCAGACGAUCCGGAUUAUCAAGCAGUCACCCGAGAAGUCUACGAACAUAUAAACAGAGAGAAACAUUUCGAUAUUUUAAGAUCUACGCGUCAUUUCGGACCGAUGGUAUUUCAUCUAGCGUGGACGAGAAAUAUCGACAACUUACUGUGCGAGAUGAUUGAGACUGGACGGAUUGAACACGCCGCGAUACUGAUUCGUCUCGUUCAUUUGAUUUAUCCCUCGAUGAAAUCAGUGAUCGAGAAGUGCAAUGUUAGGGACAAUGUAGAAUUUAUCAUGCACUAUGCGCACCUCGAAGAGAAAAGUAUAGUUGAGAAACUUUUGCAAUCAUAUAAAGAAUUGCAACAAGUCCAUCAAAUCGUACAGGAAGAUAUUAAACAAGAACAAGAACAAGAACAUAGUAUUCAGAACCUGAAUUCAGAAACUGAAAAGGUAAAUAUAAAUCAAUAAAUGUAAAUAUAAAUCAAUAAAAAAAUC